ACCAACAAUUGCUAAUUGGAAAAAUAUUAUUUCGCAAAUCUAGCUGCACAAGUGAUUUGGCAAAAAAACUGACGGUAUAUUAAAAAACAUACACCUAGUAUUGGCUAAUAUCAGUGGCAACAUUAGCCAUGGUGCACUUGCUUUGCAACCGCACCAGACGUAAGACCGCGUUUCAUAGGUUUCGGUCAAUAUCAACCUGCAAACCACCAUUCCAACUACGAUCGUUGGAAUUUAACUUUGUUAGCUGUGCAUGUAACCGCUUGUAGCCGCAACACACAUGGAGUUGAAAGGUAAAAAUGUUGUAUAUGUCGGUGGAUUUGGCGGAAUAGGCCAAAAGUGCCUACUGGCUUUUCUGAGGAAAGAGAUUAAGCACCUUAUAAUCUGCGACCUGCAUGAAAAUGGUGCACUAAUGUUGGAUCUUGCGAAAACAUUUCCCCAAACAUGUUUGAACUUUAUACCCAUCGAUGUUAUACAACGUGAAUCAAUAGAAGAGGCUUUUCGCACAGCCUCUAACAUUGUUCACAAUCAAAUUGAUGUUCUUGUCAAUGGUUGCGGCUUGAUGAACGAUCGUUUAAUUGAUCUCACAAUUGGCAUAAAUCUGACAGGCGUCAUUUACAGCUCUCUCAUUGCUUUAAGCUACCUGGAUAAAUCAAAGGGUGGUCGUGGCGGUAUGAUAGUAAAUAUUGGAUCGGUUGUUGGUCUGGAACCGAGCGGAAUGUUUGCCGUCUAUUCUGCAGCUAAGGCCGGGUUGAUAGCAUUCACUAGAGCUCUAGCGAAUCCCCUGUACUAUGCUCAUACUGGCGUUAGUUUUAUUACCAUCUGUCCCGGAUUUACCGACACUUCCCUAUUGGAGAGUAUUCGCGGCAAGGAGACCCUAACCGAAUAUGCCGCAUCUAUGGCCGAACGAUUUGCUCUUGUGAAAAAGCAGAGUGCCGAAAUAUGUGCCGACAAUUUAGUUGGGGUUUUAGAAAAGGCUAAAAAUGGAUCUGUCUGGAUGCUGGAUAUAGGAGAAGUAAAAGAAAUGCGAUUUGAAGUUUUGUGGCGACCAGCGAUGGAAGUUUAAAAUUCGUGAAAUUCGUUUUUCUUUAUCGGUUAGCAGUCAUAAAACAAAUACAAAUACAUAGUUAUCAAUUUUAAAA